AUGGCUACCACCGGAGAUAUACCCGAAGAGCAUAUGAACACACAUGACAAGCAUGGCGACGAUGAGGAAGAAAUCGAAGCCAUGAAGCGACGAGUCGCCGAGAUGGAAUCAGAAGCCGCAAAACUGCGCGAGAUGCAAGCGUCGCUAGACAAACAGUCGGAGAACCUGCGCGAGGACAAAGAGGAUAUUGAUGCGCGGAGCAUCUUCGUGGGCAACGUCGACUACGGCGCCUCCCCGGAGGAGAUUCAGGCUCAUUUCCAGAGCUGCGGAUCGAUAAACCGGGUGACGAUCCUGCUGGACAAAUUUACGGGACAUCCGAAGGGGUAUGCGUAUGUCGAAUUCAGUGAGCCCAGCCUGGUGGCACAGGCGUUGGUUUUGAACGAGAGUGUGUUCCGUGGAAGAAACCUCAAGGUUGUUCCCAAACGCACCAACCUUCCUGGCAUGAGCCGUGGCCGUGGGCGCGGUGGCUUCCGCGGCGGUCGCGGAUACGGCGGUGGCUACGGUGGCCGUGGCGGCUAUCCUCCCCGGGGAUCGUACCGGGGCGGCGGGUAUCGCGGUCGGGGCCGGGGCUUUUCACCGUAUUAG